UAGGGUUUCCUCUGUCUCAGGGGUUUCAUCUUGCGCAGCGCCAUAUAUAUAACCCGCCGCAGCCGCCCCCGUCUCUCCUCAGCGUCUCAUUUUCACCCUCCCGCCCGCCGCCGCCGCCGCUCCCGCCGCUAGACCAGCUCGCCAGCAGCAAUGGCCCGGAUCAAGGUGCACGAGCUGAGGGGGAAGAACAAGGCGGAUCUGCAGGGCCAGCUCAAGGACCUCAAGGCGGAGCUCUCCCUCCUCCGCGUCGCCAAGGUCACCGGCGGCGCCCCCAACAAGCUCUCGAAGAUCAAGGUGGUGCGCACCUCGAUUGCGAGGGUGCUCACGGUGAUCUCGCAGAAGCAGAAGUCGGCGCUGAGGGAGGCGUACAAGAACAAGCGGCUCCCGCUCGACCUCCGCCCCAAGAAGACCCGCGCCAUCCGCAGGCGUCUCACAAAGCACCAGCUCUCCUUGAAGACCGAGAGGGAGAAGAAGCGUGAGAAGUACUUCCCCAUGAGGAAGUAUGCUAUCAAGGCCUAGGUUAGGAGUGAAUGAUUUGCCGGCCGAGUUUUGCCCAGAAGUUGCAUGAAUUUUAUGUUCUGUGUGGACACCGCUGCUAUCUAAGUACAAUGUAUUCGAUAUCCUGCAUGAAAUUCGAACUUUUGCUUGUUAACACUAUUAUCUAUAGCUGCUUGUUGGUGCUGCA